UGGUGUUUAGGUGUGCGCGCUCUAAGGUUUUUAUUGUGACAAUUUCCGCCUUGUGUUCCUGUUUGCAAGUGUUAGUCAAACAACAUUGAUGUUUCGACUAUUCACACGUCUUAAACUGUUAAAACUGCAGCCAGAAUUGUCUUGCGUUCGGGGAGGUUCCGCGAAAUUAACGUGGAGAAAUUGCCCGCGAAUUUUGGACAGGACUGCAGCAAACAGGAACAUGAGUGCAGCAGCAUCGGCUGAGCUGAUUGAGGUCGCCAAGAGAGCGGCGGCCUACGCCGCUGUGGAUACCCACGUCAAGGAUAACUACCGCCUGGGUGUUGGCAGUGGAUCAACUAUCGUCUACGCGGUGGAAAGACUUGCACAGCGUGUCAAGGAAGAGAAGCUGUCAGUCCAGUGUGUGCCAACGUCAUUCCAAGCCCGCCAGCUCAUUGUCAAUAACGGUCUGGUCCUGAGUGAUCUGGAGAAAACACCUCAGUUGGAUGUUGCCAUCGAUGGUGCGGAUGAAGUCGACAGGGACCUGAACCUCAUCAAAGGAGGCGGUGGCUGUCAGACACAAGAGAAGAUAGUAGCAGCUAAUGCCAAAUAUUUGGUCGUCAUAGCAGAUUACAGGAAGAAGUCAAGUCACCUGGGUGAGCACUGGGAUCGCGGCGUGCCUAUCGAAGUCAUUCCUCUAGCCUACAGACCCAUCAUGAACACUCUGGCUUUGCAGCUAGGUGGGGAGGCGGUGCUACGGAUGGCUAAGAGUAAAGCUGGUCCUGUGGUGACAGACAAUGGGAACUUCAUCCUGGACUGGAAAUUCAAGGCGGUCCCCGAGAGCUGGGAGGCCGUCAAUCAGCAAAUCAAGAUGAUACCUGGUGUGGUUGAAACGGGUCUGUUUAUCAAGAUGACUAGGCAGGUGUAUUUUGGCAUGGAGGAUGGCAGUAUACAGAGUAUCUGCAGAUGAUCAGUAACGGACCAAGAUUCUACUUCGGAAGAAGUAACUUAGUUCAACCAGGGUUGAAUACAAUGCAGGGCUGUCCAGUGCACGUUGCAUAAUACCUUUGGAAAUUUUAGUCAAUGACAUUUUCAUUUUUAUUUUGAUCAAUAUGUUGUGAUCACAGAACCCUAUGAGGGUAGUGUUGACAUUUGAAUUUCAACACUUUUUUCAAGUUUGAAAUAGUACGGAGUGCUCUUUAGGAGGCAGGUUUUACCUGCUUUAUAUUUUAUUUAUUUGUACAAUUUUACAAAGCACAUACAGGUUCUCUACAUGACACAAAUAUUUACUGUUAAAACAGCUUGUAGAUUAAGUCAUGCAUGAAGAUUUCCAUGUUAUAAUCACAAAUGUUUUUGCUUUUACAGUUGGGUCAUACGAACGCAAAUGAUGUUAUUAAUGGUGAGAUUCAUUGUGGUUUAACAAAUUAUAUGUCACUCAGCAAUGUACAUUGUAAGUGGAAAGAAAGGGUACAGUCAAUGUACUGUGUCAAUAACCCCUUACAUUCCCAAAAUGGUGUAAAUUGGCCGAAUUUUGAUAACAAUGCAAGGCUAACCCCUUACAUUU